AUGAACCUUAAAUUGCGUUUACGCUCAAGCCUCCGCAGAAUCUCCUUCAGGCUGCCAUCAACAUCUCUUCCUUUACCAUUUUUGAACCCUAAUCACGGACCAAAGAGGCGAGGCCAAAUCGCGAUCAACUUCUGUUCUACAUUGCAAAUCAUCGUCGUCAACAGCCAUAGCAAUUCAUCGUUGUUCAAAUCAUCUUCCUCAAGAACCACCUUCAUGCGCCGCCAUGAAACCUGCACACAUGCGAUUCGUAUGGCAGCGGCGCUUGAACGAGCUGUUCAUGUUGAUGAGGUCUUUACACAGACUCAUAUUUGCAAGGGGACUGGUGAAUAUGUUGAUGAGAGGUCUCGCAAGACCAUUGAAGAUUUUUCUGCGAGAUUGACACAGGCGAGACCAGAGGGGGGAUCUGGUGUUGAUGGUAGAGUAGAUGCUGAUGAAGAAAUGAUCAGGACCCAAUGCUGGGUUGAUACCGUCGGAGGAAAAAAGAAAGGACGACUGUAUGGGGUAGGGCAACUUGCCUCUCAUUAUAGUGCUGGAAGAGGAGGCAUAUUCAGACAUCAACCAUCUACCUCUACCACAUUUGACCCCAACAAUGUCGUCAGUAAAGAUGCUUAUGAUUCACUUCUAGCCAGAUUUGAAAAUCUAGAAAAUCUGGUUAGGACAUUGGUUCCUCAACAAGGACAUACCGCCCCAUCAUCAUCCCAGCAGCCAUGUCCACCUCAGCAGCCUCCUUUCCAGACCACGGUUGUGCAAGACGAAGAUAGUGAUGAUUCUGAUGAUCGUGAUAAUCCUAAUCCUGAUGGUUAUCAUAGGUUUUGAUAUUUAGGAACUUUAGAAAAAAAA